AUGGCUCCAGUUCCGACUUCCGUAAUACGCGCUGUUCCUCGCGAAGCACUUACGAAACUAUCAAUCCAGCGUCCUACUCGCGUUUCUCUCUCUCAUCUAUAUACUAUAGGUCGUCAUGUAUUGGAUUCUUCCUCCCAAGGAAGAUAUCUUAUCCCAGCUCAAUUUCUCCAUGCUGAAUUACCCAUACGUCUAUCUCAAACACUCAAAAUACUUCAAUCACCUUUGGUGCCUCAGGCAUUCACCUCUCUGCCUACUUUUAAGAAAUUCACUCAGCAAUACCAUGACUACAUUAGCAUUCUUAUGAGUACAUCUAAGCCUGACAAUAAAACAAAAGAAGAAGAAUUCACCAACGUUUUAAGGCUAUUAAAGAAAGAACACAGAAAGAAUUUAUUAUCAUUAAGACAAGCAUUUAGAGAAAUUGUAGACAUGAACGGGAUAGAAAAGAUCAAACAUUUAGACAUAGAAGAAACAAGAGAACUUUGGGAUAGUUUCUAUACCAUGACUCUGGGAACAAGAUUACUUAUGGCCCAACAUCUAGCUUUACAUGACGAGAAGAACUUGGUUACGAGGAUCUCACCGAAAGAUGUGACCGAGCGAGCGCUUAGAGAUGCUAAAAUUUAUUGCGAACAACGAUACAACCGUCCAGCACCCGAAAUUGAAUUAAUUGCGACAGACCCGACUGUAACAACAACUCACAUCGAAGAGCACCUUCACAGCAUUCUCUACGAACUGCUCAAGAAAUCGAUUCGCACUACAAUGCAACACCAGGCUCCACAUUCCUCUCUUCCUGAUCCAUCAUCUUCUAUAUCUUCUCAACCUCGCCGGUCACUCUUUUCUUCCUUUAUAUCUUCGUUGGCUCCCCACCAAUCGCUAAACCCAACUGCUAGCGUUCCGCCAAUAUCAAUACUAAUAGCCCAGGGUGCACAGGAUAUAACAAUAAAAAUAUCCGAUCGCGGAGGUGGUAUGCCAAUGUCAGCAAUGAAUGAUUCAUGGAGUUACUUUGUAUGUGAUGAAGCCGAGGAGGCGGAUGGACAAGAGAAAGAACAUGCAUUUGGUAGUGGUGUUGGCAUGAGUUUGCCGGUUGCUAGAGUUAUUGCACGAUAUUUUGGUGGUGAUCUUUCGUUUGUGUCAAUGGAGGGUCAUGGUACAGACACAUUCCUCUCCCUCUACCGUGAUGAUACACAUUUAGAAGCGUUUCCCGAACUACAAUCGUCUUUGGACAAUCCUUUAUCUUUCAUUAACUGA